AUGGCCAGAGGAAGGCGGGGGGUCAAGUUCCCCCAUAGAACUACAAAUGGCGACGGUCGGCGCUCGAGCUUCAGUGAUGUCAGUGACACCGGCUCCCCUGUGCGGUCAAAAUCUGGGACACAGCUAAACCAUGUUGACGAGAAGCCCGCGCCCGAGCCCACGCCGGCCGAAAAGGAAGCCGAGUACAACAAGAAAAAGGCCAACUUCUUGACGAGGACCUUUUGGACCUUCGUCAUGAUGGCCGGCUUCUUCUCCGCCCUCUUCAUGGGCCACAUCUACAUCAUCGCCAUCAUCACCGCCAUCCAGAUCAUCUCCUUUAGCGAAGUCAUUGCCAUCGCCAGCAUCCCAAGCAAGGCGCGACAGUUGCGAUCGACAAAGAGCCUCAACUGGUAUUGGCUCGCUACGACCAUGUACUUUUUGUAUGGAGAGACUGUGAUAUACUACUUCAAGCAUAUUGUCCUGGUUGACAAGAUUCUCUUGCCGUUGGCGACGCACCAUCGCUUCAUUUCCUUCAUUCUCUAUGUCUUUGGUUUCGUCUUCUUCGUCGCCUCGCUUCAAGCGGGCAACUACAAGUUCCAGUUCACCCAGUUUGCCUGGACCCACAUGGCGCUCUACCUCAUCGUCGUGGAGGCGCACUUCAUCAUGAACAAUAUCUUUGAGGGCCUCAUCUGGUUCUUCCUCCCUGCCGCUCUCGUCAUCACCAACGACAUCUGGGCCUAUAUUUGUGGUAUCACCUUCGGCAGGACACAACUAAUUAAGCUGUCUCCCAAGAAGACGGUCGAGGGUUUCAUCGGCGCCUGGGUUAUGACUAUCUUCUUCGGCAUCAUUCUCACGUCUCUCCUGCUACGCUCCAGCUACUUUAUCUGCCCCGUUACUAACCUUGGUGCCAACAUCUUCACCGGCCUAGAGUGCACGCCUAACCCCGUCUUCAUCCCCAAGACGUACAAGCUCCCGCAGUACUUCUUCCUCAAGGAAGACACGACCUUCUCCAUCACCGUUGCGCCGAUGCAGUUCCACACCCUCGUCCUCGCCACCUUCGCCUCCCUCAUCGCCCCCUUCGGCGGAUUCUUCGCCUCAGGCCUCAAGCGCACCUUCAAGAUCAAGGACUUUGGCCAGUCCAUCCCCGGCCACGGCGGCAUGACAGACCGCAUGGAUUGCCAGUUCAUCAUGGGUUUCUUCGCCUUUAUGUAUUACCACACUUUUAUUUCCGUGCACAAGGUCAAGCUGGGCAAUGUUAUGGAGAUGGCCAUUACGGGCCUUACGGUCGACGAGCAGAUUGAGCUUGUUCGCGGUAUGGGCCGGUAUUUGGCCAACCAGGAUGUCUGGGGAGAAAAUGUGCUGAAAUGUCUUGAUGAUGCCCUACCCCUCCGGAGAUGA